AUGAGUGUUUACACGGCCUCUACGACCGCACCGGUCAACAUCGCAACCCUCAAAUACUGGGGUAAAAGAGACAAAACCCUAAAUUUGCCCACAAACUCUUCUAUUUCCGUUACUUUAGCACAAGACGAUCUGCGUACUUUGACUUCUGUCGCAACAAGCAAAUCGUUUUCUGAGGACCAAUUGUGGCUCAACGGGAAGCUAGAAUCUCUUGAGAGCGAGAGGACUCAACAUUGUUUGCAGGACUUGCGUAACCUGCGUGCCAAAUUAGAAUCUGGAGAUUCCAGCCUACCACCAAUGUCCACUUGGAAAUUGCAUAUUGUUUCUGAGAAUAACUUUCCUACCGCUGCCGGUCUAGCAUCUUCGGCUGCCGGUUUUGCCGCUCUAGUUGUCGCUAUUGCCAAGCUGUACCAACUACCGGAGUCAGCGUCCGAAAUCUCGAAAAUUGCUCGUAAAGGGUCCGGUUCCGCUUGCAGGUCGGUGUUUGGUGGCUACGUUGCGUGGGAAAUGGGGUCUGAAGCCGAUGGUUCAGAUUCAAAAGCUGUGGAGGUGGCUCCUCAAAGUCACUGGCCCGAAAUGAAGGCCGCUAUCUUGGUAGUUAGCGCUGCGAAGAAAGACACCCCUUCCACCAGUGGUAUGCAGCACACUGUUACCACUUCUGACCUGUUCCAACAGCGUAUCCACAACGUGGUUCCUCAGCGCUUCGAAGAAAUGAAGAAGUCCAUUCAGGACCGCGAUUUUGACCUUUUCGCUGAGCUCACGAUGCGCGAUUCCAACUCAUUUCAUGCUACCUGCUUGGAUUCCUACCCUCCCAUCUUCUACAUGAAUGACACAUCUCGCCAGAUCGUCAAGUUGUGCCACCAGAUAAACGAGUUCUUUAACAAAACCAUUGUGGCCUACACAUUCGACGCGGGCCCCAAUGCUGUGCUGUACUAUUUGCAAGAAAACGAAACGAAAUUGAUGGCUUUCAUUCACCAAGUCUUCCAACGCAAUUCUGGCUGGGAAUCCAAAUUCUCCAAACAAGACCUAGCUGCCUUCGACAGUUAUUUCGCAAAUACCGUGGCUCCGGAGAUGGCUUUUGAUCUUGAUCAAGAUAUGCAUCAGGGUGUUUCUCGCGUGAUUCUAACCCAAGUAGGCCCUGGACCACAAGAUACUAACGAGUGCCUCAUUGACGAAGCUACUGGCAAGCCUAAAAAUUAA